AUGGUAACAAGAAAUGAGAUAAAGAAAGAUUGUCUCAAGGUUUAUGAAAAUUUGAAGGAAUUUGUGGUACGUGUUUUAGAGCUCGAUCAGAGUCGGGUUGCAAUCACAACAGAUAUGUGGACAUCUUCUCAUAAGAAGAGAGGAUUUAUGGCUAUCACAGCCCACUAUGUUGACAAUAACUCUCAUAUCUUUAACUUGGUGGUGCAAGACGGGUUGAAGGGCAUUAGAAAUACAAUAGAGAAGGUGAGAGAAAGUGUCGCUUAUUGGACUGCAACUCCCAAAAGAAUGGAGAAAUUUAAGGAGACGGCUCGUCAGCUUCGCGUGACACUCGCCGGGGAAAUAUUGGCUAAAUUUAAUAACUAUUGGUCUGUUGUGCAUGGUGUCAUGGGGGUGACAAGCGUGCUUGAUCCUAGGUAUAAGUAUGUCAUGCUUGAAUACUAUUUUCCACAAAUUUAUGGUACUAGUGGUGAGUACGAGGUUGAGGAGAUUCUUGAUAUGUGUCGUGAGUUGCUUCGUCAAUAUGAGGCUUACGGAAAGGGUGGUGGAUGUCGGGAUACAACUGGCUUGGUUGAUCCAAAUAUUUCUAAUGAUCCGUCACUAAGUGGAUACGAUUUGUAUGCCUCUAUGCAGAAAUGA